CACCAUUUGCAAUAGGCUUGGCAUACAGCGACGUCACGGACAUGCUGAGGACAGCACUGCAGACUGGGGUGGGCUGCCUUCCGAGGCGAGCGGCCAGUGGUGGUGCCGUUUCUUCCGCGCAAGCAGGUCGGCGGGCGUUGUCUUCUCUCCAAGAGGCACUUGUCAAGGUCACCUUCGUCGAUGCAGAGGGAGACCGCGAGACCGUCUCCGCGCUUCCGGGACAGAACAUCUUCGAGGUGGCGGAGAAGCACGAGAUAGCGCUGGACGGGCCCUGCCGGGGGAAAGCCGGUGCGGUGCAGAGCCGCAAUUCGGAGUCGUGGACGGAGGACCUGUUCGGCCAGGGCCCCGUGUGUGCGAGCUGUCACGUCAUGCUCACCAAGGAGUUCACGGAAAAAAUAGAGCCGCCGCUUGACAGCGAGAUCAGCCUCCUGGAGAGAAAGGGGGAGCUGUAUGCGCCGGGGUCAUCCCGCUUGGGGUGCCAGAUCAAGCUUUCCAGGGACCUCGAUGGCAUCACGGUCUUUAUCCCGGACGGACCUCCCGUCGGGUAGAUGACGGCGACGUCGAUGUGUUCUACGGACUUUAGUGGAGUCUACCCCAGACGCCGGUGUCGGCGAUGGCUCGAGCGCUUUUCCAUCCUGUGUUGCCGGGUCUGAGCAGGCCGAGGCAGCAGCGCGGGGAGCAGAACGGUCCGGUUUCGAUUCCUUGGAACGGCGAAGGGGUAGCGGUAUCGAGACCGCUGUGCACGGGUCGGGGCAAGGGCGAUACCUGCGCACCACGUGUUUGCGUCGGUGUGGAAGGACACAGGAACCUUUAAUUAGGAGUUGAAAGCGUGGCAUUGCUCGCGUUUCGCGUUUGGCUUAAAGGAUACUUGAUGUCCUGCACGUCAUUUAUGGUAUGGGCACCGGGCCGAGGGGGAGACAAUGUACUGCCUCCGAGAAAGGGGCCACGGGAACUUUCGGGGAAGUGGGAGUUUGGGGGCGCCAAGCUCAAUGUUUGAGGCUAGGGAGGCGUGAGUUUGUUGGUGUGCUGCGUACACGCGUUCGGUGUGUUGCGUUGCAGGUGCAGCCGAUGUACGUACCAGUAGCUUGCAGGUGGCGGUGAAAGUUGGUGUCGGCAUGCUUACAGGUCGUGGUCAUGCUUUUCUCGGUAGUGUUGGGCAGGAUGUGUGAUGGGGGAGAACGGCCGAGCAAAGCACGAAAUACAGAGUGCUGAUGCGGGCGGGGGAAACAAUACACCGGUUUCCCUUUGCAGGAUGUUUGCAGGCCGACCGCACCUCGUUUGGUUGGAUUGUUUCAAGUAUUUGAACUGCUGCUACAACCUCUCAAGCUUUCAGUCC